AUGGAAAACAUGGAACCAAGAAUUAAGCAGGCCCCCUUUUUUCGUUGUGAAAGCGGACUCGACUGGGUUCCUGUGUGCCAGAAGUGUGAAACCUGUGUCUUAGCAUGGAAGAUCUUUGCUACCAAAGAGUGGUUCCGGAGGGUCAGUGACAUAUCCCAGAGGAGGUUUCUAGUCAGCAUCCUGGGGCAGUUAAAUAGCCUGUAUUUGUUACGCUAUUUCCAGAAUAUCCUACAGACCACCCAGGGGAAGGAUUUCAUCUAUAACAGGUCCAGGAUCAAAUACAGCAGGAAGGAGGGGAAGGAGGAGAAGAUUGUGAAGUCCUCCUUGACCCAGAUGUUAGAUGAAACAGUGGAGCAGAAGAUGAAGGAAAUCCUGUACUGGUUUGGCAACAGCACCCAUCGGACUAAGGCAAAUUACACUCUCUUGCUGCUGCAGAUGUGUGACACAAAGUUACUGCUCACUGCCGCCAAUGUAAUCAGAGUCCUGUUUUUGAAAGAGUGGAACAAUAUCGCAGGCCUCCAUCAAGACUCCAAUGAUGUAAUGUUUUACCCAGAGAAAAACUACAACCCUGCAUCUGACACCUCAUAUAUCUACUGGGUAGCUAAAACCAAAACCACGUCACUCCCAAUGUCUGGAGAUUUUCCAGAUAAAGACGAGACUGAAAGUGUGGAGAGAGAAACAACUAUUACAGAGGAAAAAGGGAAGAGUUCACUCCAGUGUAUUUCUGAGUUGAAUAAACAGCUUUCUGGAAAAGCAGGCAUAUCCAAGCUGGAAGACGAUCCGUGCAACCUGCUGCUGAGCCUGGACGAUAUUCAAGCCCUGUCUUCUGGGUCCAGCAAAUAUCGGGACUUUAUCCGUUACCUGCCCCUCCACCUCUCCAAGUACAUUCUAAGAAUGCUGGAUAAGAACAGCCUGACCAGGUGUGCCUUUGUGAGCCAGCACUGGGCUGCUCUGACCCAGCAGGUCAAGAUGGACCUGUCCAUGCAAUCCUUCCUUCAGAACCAGAUUUCUCUCCUGCAGGGUUCUUACACAAGGGGAAUAGACCCUAACUAUGCCAGCAAAGUCUCUGUCCCAGUCCCUAAAUUCUUAGAUGAAGGGAAGCGUAUGCGGUCAAAAAGCCAGAAGUGGAAACUGAGAACAAAGAAUGAUUACAACUUGUGGACUGCAUACCAGAACCAGGAAACUCAGCUGGUGCAGAUGGAGGAGAGGAAUGUCUUCUGUGGCACCUACAACAUUCGCAUUCUCUCUGACACGAAGGACCAAAACAGGAUCAUCCACUAUAAUGGGGGAGAUCUGAUGGCUCUAUCAUCCAAUCGGAAGAUCCACCUUCUGAACAUCAUGCAGGCUAGGGAGAUGCCCAUUGAGUUCCGAGGACACGCUGGCAGCAUCAGGGCUCUCUAUGUGUCUGAGGAGGAGAACAUUCUCUUCAGUGGAAACUAAGACCUGAGUAUCAGAUACUGGGAUAUGACAACUGGGUCUUGCAUACGAAUCUUCUAUGGCCACCAGGGGACAAUCACUUGCCUGGAUUUAUAUAAGAACAGGCUUGCAUCUGGAGCAAGAGAUGGUCAGGUAAAAGAAUGGGACAUAGAGACAGGGAAGUGCCUGAAGACAUUUAAACACAAAGAUGCCGUCUUGGCUGUCAAGAUCAGUGAGACUUACAUCGUGAGCAGCUGUGAGCGAGGCAUCGUCAGGGUGUGGCAUGCUGUCACAGCUCAGCUGCUAAAGUACGAGCGGUGCCUCAUGGCCUUCAAGCAUCCUAAGGAGGUGCUGCAGGUAUCUCUUCUCUACCUCCGGGUCAUCAGUGCCUGUGGAGAUGGCAAGAUCCGAAUUUAUAAUUUCCUCAAUGGGAACUGUCUGAAGGUGAUAAAAGUCGAUGCCAGAGGUGAUCCUGUGCUAUCCUUCUUUUAUCAGGGCAACAGGAUGGUGGUCCAGACGGACAGCAAUAUUCUCCUGUUCCAGUUUGAAAACGUAAAGUGGCAGUACUCCUCGGACAGAGGCAAAACAAAGAAGAUGAAGGAUAAGGAGGAGGAAAAGGAAGAAAUCAGCCUUGCGGACGUGCAUUCCAAGUCUAGCACUCAGGUUCACAGCCUGAGAGACUCUGUGUCUAGUAAACAGACUAUGACCCAGGAAUUCAUAUUAAAUAAAACUCAGAAGACCCGAGUUCAUCUGAAGCCACACAAGAAGCUAUCUUCAGAUGAUGUAGAAAGUCAUGGAGAGGAAAUCAGUCAGCCAAUGAAAAAGUUCUGGAAAGUUCCUAUGACACCUGACCGAUUCCUGCUGACUGUCAACGCUUUGCAAAAAGCCCACAAUUCUGAAGAAUUUGCCUAUCCCGGCAGGCCCAAAACUCCAGUCAUUGAUGCCUGGGGACCUUCAAUUCCAUAUCCAAGGAAAGUCCUAAAUUUCAAAGGAAAAUCAAUUCAAUAUGCUGUUGACCAGCUUCGAUCCAGCAAUAUUCUUACUGAUAUGAAACAAACCAAUAUCCCCCUUGAAAUUCAAAAAUUGCAACCCAACUUGAAAAAAUCCCUGCAUAGUCCCAGAGUCCAGUCCACCAUACCCCAGCCCAGACUUAUCCGUUCCAGAGCCUCUGAUAUCUUAAAGGGCGAUGAUUUCUUCACCAGUUCAAUUGAUGGGGAGAUUCGCCCCCGGGUUGCCCCCCUGACCAGCAUGCAGGUCAUUAAACCAAACCGAAUGCUUGCUCCCCGAGGUGGCACAGCUACCCUGUCUCUCAAGAAAGAACGGCCACGUUUCUACACAACCCUGGAUCCUCUCAGAAUGAACACGGGGUUCAUGCUGUUGACUGUGAAGGAGGAGAAAGAAUAUGGAGAAGCCAAGAUGAAGGAAUAUCAAACCAGUGAAUCCACUAAAGUAGUUGACCCAGGUAAAGCCAGCAAAGCUGCGUGGAUUCGUAAGAUCAAAGGCCUGCCUAUUGAUAAUUUCAUGAAGCAAGGGAAAACAGCGGCCCCCGAACUUGGACAAAAUGUGUUUAUCUAA